AGGCUAUUACAGGCACGCACUCUGUGGGACUUAUGAAGCACUUCUGAAUCUACUAAACCUAUCGAAUCACUUAGUACUUGUCGUUUUUAUAACAAAUUUCAUCACACUGAUAACUGUAAAAAAAUUAGGAAAAUGCAAGGACUUGGACUACAAAGCUUAAAAAAAAACCCAGCAUUAAUUCCGCUUUACGUGUGUGUUGGAGCGGGAGCUAUAGGGGCCGUCUACUAUAUGGCUCGGCUCGCUACUCGGAACCCAGAUGUCACUUGGAACCGCUCAUCAAAUCCCGAGCCAUGGCAAGAAUAUAAAGACAAACAAUAUAAGUUUUACUCGCCAGUGAGGGAUUAUACAAAAACUAAGACUGCUGCACCAAAUUUUGAUGAAUAAAUUACGCUUAUUGGGUUACUGUAAUUAGAGUACAGAAAAUGUAGUUUCAAAUUGCUUCAGAAUAUUAAAAAACACCUACAUUGCGUUAAA